AUGGCUUUGAAUUUCCAGAAAGCUCAGAAUAACUUAGCGGAUGAUGUUGAAGGUCUCAAGAAUGAGUCUACAGAGUUCCCGCCCAAUGAUAGAUCGAACGAGCUAUCCAAGCCGUUGGUAAACAGAUAUGGGAUAGGCGCCAAACUUCUUUCGAAGAUGGGCUAUAAGGAGGGCCAAGGUCUAGGUAAGAGCAAUGAGGGUAUAAAAACACCGAUAGAAACGCAAGAACGACCCCAGGGUAUGGGAUUGGGCAUGCCAGGCAUGAUGACAGCGGAGGAAGCUGAUUUGGAAGGUUACGGGACUGAGAGCUCAGAUGACGAAAACGUGGCUACAAGGACGAACAAAAUUCAGUUUACGUCUGGUAAUACACUCGAUGUAGAUGGUGAUAGCUUGAAAGGUCUGAAGAGAGCAGGUUUUCCUGAAUUGGCGGCUAAACUUGAAGACGCCAUGGGUUCGAGCUCACUGUCGUUUGGGCGAAAACUUGAGGCUGAUCGCACUAUGAAGGAGCUUAUUGACGUAUGCGAUAGGCUUGAUAGCCUGCAGCUCCGGUUGACGGAGCUUGAAAUAGAGAUGCAAAGCUCAGCAAGGGAGGUUAGCGAUAUGACAGAAUUGCAAGGGCUAGUGGACAACCCAUCAAAGAACAUAGUGGAAAAAAUCAAUUCGAUACUGGUCUUAGAUGACAUGGAACUAGUUGAUAAGCUGUCUGGCUAUGUACUGCGAUGUGAAUUUGAGAACCUAGGCUCAUGGAGCCCUCUAGACUUCGAUAGCGAGGUGGUCCGCACUCUUGAUUUGAUUAUCGAUAUGUUAUCUUACCGCAUAGAUACCAAACCUUCUCACUUAAAUCGGGUACAAACUGUUAUAUACCGUUGCGUAUUUGAGUGCCUGCGACCGUACUUUGAGGGUUUCGAAGUCUCGCAGCAGAGAGUUGGAGAAGUUUUACUUCUAUUGUUAAAUUACCAGAAAUCACUGACUUUUAUCAACUGCAAUUCGUAUGUGAUGAAAAGGUUCAUCGUUCCAGCCUUAGAGCGCGCCAUUAGUGGGUGGGAAGUUGGCCACUCUGCAAUCUUUUCACCACCCUCGUGGUUUUUCGAUUUUAGCAACUUCAUGGACUCUUCAGACACCAAUACCCUUAAGACCCAACUGAAAGCGCGAUUUAUUGAGUACUGUAAAAACUGGUAUCACAGAGAAAGUGCCAUCCUACCUAGCGACUUUCACUUCUUGAGGGAAGUUCUUUCAGUAUCGACUUUCGAUGCGAUUGUUGCAGACAUGUUGCUGCCCAAAUUUAUAACUCAAGUUUGGGACAGAUAUUUCGACAUCUUGUUGAGUCUUGAGGAGCCAGAUGACGAUUCUUUAGACUAUUUCAUGUCCAAAAUGAAACAAUGUAAGACACUCUUUUCAGAAAAGCAUUGCGAAACGUUUACCAGAGCGAUUUUCAAUGAUAUAAACCGUACAGUAUUUCAAUGGUACUGCUUUUCCCCCGAAACUUUUUAUCGAGAAGCUACCUUCUGGUUCAAUUCUAUCGCAAACCGAUACUUCUUGUACCCAAAUGAAGUGGAACUCUCUGAACUUCGAAAAUCUUAUCAAUUUUUGGAGAAGCCCUCGAUCGAGCCUAUUCACGACGAGUCCAUUGGGAUAAGCGAAAGGCUAGGUCUGGGAGAGGAAAAGUCGAAUGAGAUUAAUUUCAAAUCAAUCCCGCUUACUAGGCUGGCAGUUAUGUUUAGAGAUGUUGUCCAAGAUUACUGCGAUGAGCAUGGCAUUUUGUUCCGCAAGGCUGGCAAUGUGAAUGUACAGUUACCUAUCGGUGGGUCCAAAUCGGUUCUGCUCCCUGCUUUCACUUUAAGCUCGGGCAAGUCUACUUGUGAGGUCACAAUCCAUGAGGAUGUGCUAUGGCUCAAGAGGACGGGAGGUUAUUUUGAACCGAUUUUUCUCUGGCAAGUUGGAGACAUAUUGAACAAAUGA